AUGGCCGCUCUUCAUCUCAACAAGGACGACAUAGCAGAUGUCGAGCUCUCAGAGCCCGGUGCUUUGUCACCCAAUGAGGCAAAAGUCUUCGAUGACUCUGUUAGCCAUGUCCCUGAGAAAUACCGCGGGACGGAUGCCGACAGAAGGGAUAUGACGGUUAUGGGCAAGAAACAAGUGCUGCGCAGGAAUUUCAGUUUUAUAACAAUGCUGGGCUUUGCGUCGACUUGCGUAGCAAGUUGGGAGGGCAUUCUCACGUACCUUGGUUUCAUCCUAGUCAACGGCGGUACCGGCCUGCUCUUCUGGGGUUUCAUCGUCUGUGCUACUGGGCAAACUCUGGUUUAUGCCAGCAUAGCAGAAAUGGCUUCCAUGUCACCUACAGCAGGCGGUCAAUACCAUUGGGUCUCUGAAUUCGCUCCUCGCCGGUGGCAAAAGCAGCUAAGCUAUCUGUCUGGCUGGCUUACUGCCAUCGGAUGGCAAGUCUACCUCGCCAGCGUGUGUUUCUUGGUCGGUACUAUCAUUCAAGGCUUGCUUGUCUUGAACGAUCCAACCUAUGUAUACCAAAGGUGGCACGGCACCCUGCUGUCGAUUGCCAUCGUCGUCUUCUCGAUCACGUUCAAUACGGUGCUCGCCUCCCGACUUCCACUUAUAGAGGGUUUGGUUCUCAUUCUACACAUUCUCGGCUUCUUCGCGAUUAUUAUUCCACUUUGGGUCAUGGCUCCGCGAGCAAACGCAUCGGAUGCUCUCCUCACCUUUUAUAACGGCGGUGGCUGGCCAACGACAGGUCUUUCUGCGAUGGUUGGUUUGUUGGCUCCUAUGGCUGUUCUUGUCGGAUAUGAUUGCUCCGUUCACAUGUCCGAAGAGAUCAAGGACGCAUCCGUCACACUCCCGCGAGCGAUCAUGGGUUCGGUCAUUGUCAAUGUUACCCUCGUUUUCAUCGUCAUCGUCACUGUCUGUUUCACGAUAGGUGAUGUCGAAAGCGUUGGGGCUACCCCCACCGGUUAUCCUUUCAUUCAAAUCUUCUUCAACGCGACUCAGUCCUAUGCCGGCACCAACGUCAUGACCGCGAUCAUCAUCAUCAUGCUUUCCGCGUGCGCCGUAUCUGAGGUGGCUGCUGCAUCGCGCCAAAUCUGGUCAUUCGCCCGUGAUGCCGGUCUUCCUGGUCACUCAUGGUUGUCCAAGGUCUCUCAUGGCUGGAACAUCCCGCUCCCCGCUGUGAUUGUAUCUCUCACUCUCUCGGCUCUCCUAUCCCUCAUCAACAUUGGUUCGACUGUUGCUCUCAAUGCCAUCACAUCUCUCGGUGCUAUUGCCGUCCUGACUUCCUACCUUCUGACCAUUGGCUGCUGCGUUCACCGCCGAUUUGCUGGACCCGAACUACCCGCACGUCGUUGGUCUCUAGGAAAGUUCGGCCUUGCUAUCAAUAUCGCUGCUUUGCUAUUUCUGACACCUUUGAUCUUUUUCCUCACCUGGCCUUUGUACAAAGACGUUACUCCGGAGACAAUGAAUUGGUCGAGUGUCAUGCUGGCUGGCACUUUGAUCAUUGCAUUGAUCUACUAUAUCGUCAAGGGCAGGAAGGAAUAUGUCGGGCCAGUCAUGUACGUCAAGCGUGCUGAGUGA